AUGUCCCUGUCACCAACCAUAUCCCCAUCACUUUCCAUGUCCCCAUCGUCUGUCACAUCCCUGGGCCUGACGCGCUGCCCCGUCCCUUGAGCUCUGAUGAUGAAGGAGAGAGAGGAGGCUGAAGGCAGUGGGAAGUGGCCUUUAGUGGGAGAACGCGGAGGGACAGCGUGGGGGACAGGCGCUGAUGUGGCACCGAGAGGACAGACACCGGGGGACAGAGGUGGCACUGAGGGGACACUGGGAGCCAGGGGUGGCACUGAAACGACAGGAAGGACGGCAGAGGUAGCGCUGAGAGCACAGACACCUGCAGCUGGGGUGGCACUGUGGGGACACCGGGCACCAGAGGUGGCACUGAGAGGUCAGUCACUAACACGAGUGGCACCGAGGAUGCGCUGCAUCCCACCGGGGGGACGCCCAACGGCAGCGAGGCGCAGCUCGCCCCGAGGCGGUGAGGACGCCCCGCCCCUCGCCCUUGACAAAGAUGGCGGCGGCGGUUACCCGGGGGGCGCGGCGCUUCCCUCCCGUUGGCGGCGGGCCGGAAGCGGGGCCGUGCGGAGGCGCCAUGCGGGCGGCCGUGCUGCUGUGGUUGGUGCUGCCGGGGCUGGCGGCGCUGGAGCCGCUCAGCGUGGGGUUGGCCAUCGGCGUGGCCUCGGCGCUCACCGGUUACCUGUCACAUCCCAGCUUCUACUGCAACUACGUGGAGUGCUGCCCCGGCUCCGGGCACCGCCUCAACGCCACCGCGCUGCGGGAGCAGCUGGACGGCAGGCUGUUCGGACAGCACCUGGCCAAGGAGGUGGUGCUGCGGGCGGUGACGGGCUUCAGCAACAACCCCAGCCCCAAGAAGCCGCUGACGCUGUCGCUGCACGGCUGGGCCGGCACCGGGAAGAACUUCCUGAGCCAGCUGCUGGCCCGCCACGUGCACCCCGCGGGGCUGCGCAGUAAAUUCGUGCACCUCUUCCUGGCCACGCUGCAUUUCCCGCACCCGCAGCGGGUGCCGCUGUACCAGGAGCAAUUGCAGAACUGGAUUCGAGGCAAUGUCAGUGCCUGUGCUCACUCGGUCUUCAUUUUCGAUGAGAUGGACAAAAUGCACCAGGGUCUCAUUGAUGCCAUCAAGCCCUUCCUGGAUUAUUACGAGCAGGUUGAUGGGGUGUCCUACAGGAAAGCCAUCUUCAUCUUCCUCAGCAAUGCUGGUGGUGACUUAAUUAACAAAGCAGCGCUUGACUUCUGGACCAGUGGAAAGCGCAGGGAAGAUAUUCAGCUGAAAGACCUUGAGCCCAUGCUGUCAGUAGGAGUCUUCAAUAACAAGAACAGUGGACUGUGGCACAGCAGCCUCAUCGACAGGAACCUCAUUGACUACUUUGUUCCCUUGCUGCCCCUGGAGCACAAGCACGUGAAGAUGUGCGUGCGGGCUGAGAUGAUCGCCCGUGGGCACGAAGUGGAUGAGAAGGUUGUUCAGGCAGUGGCUGAUGAAAUGACAUACUUCCCAAAAGAAGCAAGAAUCUACUCUGAUAAAGGCUGCAAGACUGUACAGGCCAAGCUGGACAUCCAUGAAGACAUUGCAAAAGCCAUGGACUGAUUACCCUUCACCUUUCCAAAGCACUUUCAGAGCUUUUGGAAACUUGUCUAUUUGCACUUAAAUUUUUGUUUUUGUUUUUUUUUUACUAUUGCAGGGAAUGUGGUAGAAAUCCUAGAAUGAGUGGUGUGGGCUUUUAAGCUUUUGUUUUUUAACAUAAAAUCCCACUGUUCACCUCUAAACUGGCUGGUAUCCAAACAUUGCCCCCAUUUUUUAACCUGUUAGAAGACUUAUGAGUGUGACGCCUGUGGUACUGGAUACAACUCUCUUGAUUCACUCCUUUAAGUGCUAGGAUUAUUAAAUCCUUCACUGCCCUUUCCACAGACCUACAGAAGCAGAAGAACUCUUGCAGUACAGAGAGACUCUAGCUUAUGAGACAGUGAAUUGAAAGGAUUUAUAGUGUGAUCAGACCUGUGGUAGUGCCAGCAAGGGCACAUACCUCGAUGCAUUGCAGUCAGAAGGGGGUUGCUGGGAGGCUCCCAUCCUCACAACACACUGAUGCUGUUGUGGCUUUUACACGUGAGAGUUCAGCUACUUAAGGACUGAAUGGCAGUGUUAUAGUUCUUGUCUGACUUAUAUCAUCCCAUAUCUCCUGCUAUAGUAAUACGUAAAGUUGAGAUGAGCUCAGGGGGAGCUGUUACUAAAUGGUGGAGGAAGGGGAGAAUGUAAUUAUUGCACCACUUCCUCGGGGAAAAAGAAACUGUGAUUUUUUUUUUUUCUUCUAAUAUUUUUCUAAGGGGGCAAAGUGAAUUUGCACAGUGACUCCAGAGUGUCUGCCUUCCUCAGCACAGGGACACACGGGAAGGGGCUGACUUACAGCACAAUGGGCCAAUUCUGCUUGUUAGGCAGAAAGAAGUUGCUCAAGGGUCUGACUGUCACAGCGUGGGCUCCUGGGCCUGGAGGCUGUGAUGUCUUCAGCAGUCCCUGCAGCUGAGGAGCAGGCUCUCCUCCCCUUGCCCGGCUUAUGAGACACUUUUGUGGCUGAAGUUAUUUUUAAUAGUGUAUUUUUAUACUGAACUUUAAGCAACAAGAAUGCAAUGCUGGAGAACCACAGAGAAGGUGGUAUGGGAAAGGGUUUCAACCACCACUAAUCCCAUACCUCACUGGGUGAUGUGUGUUUUUAUAAUAGCUUUUAUCACUGAACAAUGUCUGAGGAAGGUGGGAAAGACUGAGCCUUCCCCCACCAGGUCAGGCUGGGCUUUGGAAGGCUGUUGUAGCUUUAACUCUUCCACCAUCCACCCAUCACUAGUGGAUCAAACACAGUGGUGCAAGACAGAAGUGCCUAACAUUUCAUUGAUUAGUUUUCUUGAACUGUUUUGAAGGUGUGGGCUAUUUUUGAACCACAGCAUCUCCUCCAUCACAGACGUGAUGCCAAACCUACAGCUCUCACUGUUACUUUGUCAAUGGAAACGAUAGCAGAGAGCUUAGCAUUAAUGUUCAGCUCUAAUUUAGAAGUGUCAAUUGCCUUUUACAGCUCCACGUGGAGUUUGUCAAAUGUUGGCAAACUGGUGGUGCUGAUGCAAUCUCCAGAGCCAAAUGCUAGCUAGCCAUUAACCUUGGGACAUUGGACUGCAGCUUUCCAUAUGCAAUGUUUUGCUUAUUAACUGACUUAUUUGUAAGUGUAAAUGUUCUCACCGCUUUCUGUUACUUCAACACUAACUGUUACCACUGUACUGCAGUUGGAAUAAACCUUCAGUCAUUUCUC